AUGUCACUCGUCGUCUCUCUGCUCCUCGCUCGGCCGGGCGGCGACUCGGGUGGUGCAGAGGCGCCGCCGCUGCGCGUGCGUGCGCACGAGGCGGCGCUGGAGCACGCCUGCCGUCGCCGCCACGGCCCGACGCCCGGAGCCGUACGUCGAGACGGACAAGCUUUUGGCGAGAGCAGACCGAGCAUCUUCACCGAGCAUCAUCGGAUCGACCCGCUCUCCUGCAACGAGCCGCGGGAGGGAGGCUCGUACGAUCCGGCUGGAGCGGCGGCGCGUGGCGCGCACAUGCCCUGCUCGCCCGCGGCCGCUGAGGCACACCCGGCGAGAGCCACCUUUGCCCCCUCGGCGUCGUUUGCGAGGCUCGCCUCGCCGUCGUGCUGCGGGGGCGGCGGAUGGCUUGGGAGAUGGGCGCACCCACGACUCAUCGCGCCGGCCGCUUCGACUGGGCGCGUGCUCGACGUCCUCUAUCUGCUGCGGCGGCUCGAGGACGUGUCCCCAUUGGUGCCGCCUCCGAACGAGUGGGCCGCGUCCGGCGUACCGAUGCUCGAGGAGGCGAUCGCGUUCAUCGAGGAGCUUGUAGCAGCCGAGCGCUCCGUGCGCGCUGUGAGGCGGCCGGGUGAGGGCGCGGCGGGUGACGGGGCAAGGGAGCAGCCCACACCCGGCCGUCGCUUUUGA